AUGAAGAAUCUCAUAGCUCUUAGUCUGUUAUUGGCGCAGUGGGUUGUUUCAUCUUCUGCUGCAUCGCAACAACCACUUCACGACGCCGCACUCUCUUCAACUUCAUCAUUACUUGAACUUCACAAGUCCCUCGUAGAAAUCCCAUCAAUCUCAGGAUCCGAAAGAAAUGUUUCCACCUUUCUUAUCAAGUAUCUAGAAAGCAAGAACUUCACAGUAAAAUCCCAACCGGUUUCCGAAACCCGAGAAAAUGUGCUCGCAUAUAUCGGGCCUUCCCCAAAGGCAAUGGUCCUUGUAACUUCUCACAUCGAUACGGUACCACCAUUCUGGCCUUAUGAAAGGAAAGAAGACGAGAUCUGGGGACGAGCCGUGGAGUCACGAUUACAAUCAUCUGAAAUCGCAGAAGGCGACGUUGGGCUGUUGUUCGUGGUUGGAGAAGAGAAGGGAGGCGAAGGCAUGAAAAAAGUGAACGAUCUCAGAUUAUCAUGGGAGAGUGUCAUUUUCGGCGAACCAACAGAGUUGAAGCUGGCCAGUGGCCAUAAAGGAGGAAUGGGGUUUACUAUGAAAGCCAAGGGCAAAGCGGGGCAUUCUGGAUACCCGGAAUUGGGAAAGAGUGCAACUCUUAUGUUAGUCCGAGCUCUUGCUGCUUUGGAUGGGCUGGAUUUGCCGUCAAGUGAAAAGUAUGGAAAUACGACUGUUAACAUAGGGAGGAUAGAAGGGGGAGUUGCUGAGAAUGUGAUUACUGAGGAUGCGUCUGCGAUUGUGUCUAUCAAAGUCGCAGCUGGUAGUCCGGCCGAAAUCAAGGAGGUAGUUGAAAAGGCCAUCUACAAGUCCUGUCCGGACAUUGAGCUUGCAUUCACACUCGGAACUGGGCCGAUUUCAAUUGAUCAUGAUAUCGAUGGGUUUGAGACUGCAGUCAUGAACUAUGGAACUUAUAUCUCCAGUCUGAAAGGAAACCACAAGAGAUAUCUUUAUGGCCCUGGAACUAUCCUGGUUGCCCACUCAGACCAUGAACACCUCAGCAUCUCGGACUUAGAGGAAGCAGUGGAAGGGUAUAAAACUUUGAUUUUGGAGUCACUGAAGACAUAAAAAGCUGCUCCCACGAGACUGCCAACGAGAUUGGGUAUGACCGCCAUCCGAGAUGGCACAUACUUUUCAAGGCUUCUUCCAUUAGUGUAUAGCAGCAGAACCUGCUUUGCAAGUACAAAAAGCAUCAAGCCAA